AUGUCCUCGAACACUACUGCCCAAAUCCCUGAUUUGACAUACGCCGAUCACAACAACUCGAUACUUUCAUCACAUGUCGCCCAUUCUCCAGACACACGAUCUGCUCCACGAUAUAGAAUGGACGAGCCGGAAAGAGAUGAACCGGCUCCAGGGCCAUCCGAUGAUGCCCUCGGGCAGUUUUCGUUCGCUCCAGCGACUCGAACCACUGUGGUGACCACUACCACUACGACGACUACCUCCUUUCCUCCUUUGGUCAUCAAACCCCCGCGCUCUGUCAAGGAUUUGGACUCCAGACAAUACCCUCUCGCCUCAGCCCCGACUCCAGCAUCUUUGAGGAAUCUCAAGUUCAAGAUUGGCGACAGAUCUAUAGUCUUCAACGAACCCGAGGACACGAAAACUGCUGCUAACGAGACAAAGGAGAAGAAUGAGGCGUUGAGGGCGGCCAACGGCCAGCUGCGCUCUGUGAGCUCGUUCAUAUCUGAGGGUGAUAACCCCACCCGGCGGCUGGCCCCUCAUAGGAUUGCGAGCCAACCCUCCAGCCAUCCUUUCAAUCCCCGUCGUCGCGCCGUAUCCCCCGUUUCGAUUCCCGAGCCACGAUCCUCGACUCUCCCCCGUACUCGUUCAUCUCGCGUUCCCUCUGAGCCCAUUACACGCCGCACCCGUCAAAGUGGCGUGGCACCAACUCAUCUUGCCGCUGGCCUGGCCACGCCCGAUACUGAGGCGAACUUCGGUGGGUCUGGCGAGCUAGUAGCGCCGAGACAAAGAAUCCAUAGUGCAGUGUUCCCUCGCAGAGAGCCUCCUUUGCCGUCUCCUCUGUCUUCUGAAAUCGAAGCCAAAGGUCCGCAGCAAGUCAAUCAAGAUGCUGGACAACAAAAUGGACUACUGGGCCUUCGCUCUAGUUCGGGAACGCAGGAGCCUCAAGUAGCUGAGGCGAACCAGAUUUGCUCCAAUGCACAUGCACAUGAAUCAUCUUCUUUCAGUCAGGAUACAACAUAUGGAACACAAGAAUCCGCAUCACAGAGCAGACCGGAACACCUCUCCCAACUCUCCGCAAUUGAUAAUGCCAUGGCACAAGAUAUGUGCCUGCCCAGCCCUAGCCUCUCUCCGGUUGCCGCAAUGAACGCUCUCCAUGGCGAGUCCUCAUUUGACUCGGAAGAACCCGACGUUGACACAGAUUCUAGCCUUGAUCACAACGUGUCCCGUUUUUCCAAGGCCAUGCGGCUUCAGGAUGCAGCUAAUGGGCCAAAAUCACGGUCGCCUCCCUCUCUUUUGGAUAUGCCCAAAGUACUUGAAUUCUUUGAUUCGGUGCCCGAGGAAAUGAAGACCUAUCUUAUGUACCAGUUCCUUCGACGAUGCCCUAAACCCACCCUGCAUUUUGUAGCAGAUGUGGUGAACCCAACGUUGAAGUGCGACUUUCUCGCUCUCCUCCCUCUUGAGCUCAGUCUCAACAUCACCAAAUACCUCGACGUUCAAAGCAUGUGCCGUGCGGCGCAGGUGUCUAAGCGGUGGAGACACAUCACUAAUUCAGACGAAAAAUCCUGGAAGCAUCUCAUUGACCAGGAUGGAUAUUCUCUUUCGGAUGGUGAAUUGGAGCGGGCCAUCAGACAGGGAUGGGGAUGGCAGCUUCCUCACAGCCCUGAAGAGCCUGAGCAAGAUCUCAGUCUCAUGGCAUUCUUCAGGGCUGAUAGAGAGGUCUCUCCUGUUCCAUUGGCCGUAGAUUCAAGCAGUCGAUCUUCUUAUCCAUCCAUUUCUUCUUCGUUGCGACGACCCAAGCGCAAGGCCAACACGCGUGCCACAAGCCGCAAGCUGGCUAAACGCAAGAUUUCAUCCAGUGGGGGAGAUUGCACUGAUCCGUGUUGGAAAAAAGACCUUGCCGCUUCUGAGGCUCCUUAUGCCGCCGCCAGUGCUGCAGCCGCUGCGGUGCCUUACGCGGAAGUUGGCAGCCCCUCCCUUCGGGGGCUUUAUCUUUAUAAAGUCCUCUACCGUCGCCACGAUGCUAUUCGCAAGGGCUGGAUGAGACCGGAAGUAAAGCCACAACACAUAGCUUUCCGGGCCCAUGACCGUCAUGUUGUCACCUGCUUGCAGUUUGAUGCCGACAAGGUUCUUACUGGAAGUGAUGAUACCAACAUCAACGUCUAUGAUACUAAAACAGGCGCGUUGAAGGCAACCCUGGAGGGCCACGAAGGUGGUGUUUGGGCUCUUGAAUAUUAUGGUAACACACUGGUGUCCGGCUCCACAGAUCGCUCAGUUCGCGUCUGGGAUAUCGAGCAGGCCAGAUGUACUCAGAUCUUCCACGGUCACACAUCCACCGUUCGGUGCUUGCAGAUCGUCCUUCCAACUGAGGUGGGCAAAAACAUACAUGGCCAGCCUGAAAUGAUGCCGAAAGAGCCAUUGAUUAUCACUGGGUCUCGUGAUUCAAACCUGCGGGUUUGGAAACUCCCAAAGUCUGGAGACCCAGUCUAUUACCAAGGUGGUCCUCUUGUCGAUGACACCGACUGCCCCUACUUCCUCCGGGUUCUCACUGGACAUCAACAUUCUGUUCGUGCUAUUGCAGCCCAUGGUGAUACCCUUGUGAGUGGUAGCUAUGAUUGCACCGUGAAGGUCUGGAAGAUCUCCACCGGGCAAACAUUGCAUACCCUGCAGGGGCAUUCCAUGAAGGUAUACAGUGUUGUUCUUGACCACAAACGCAAUCGUUGUAUCAGCGGAGCAAUGGAUCAUAUGGUCAAGGUGUGGUCCCUUGAAGAUGGAUCUGUUCUUUAUAACCUAGAAGGUCACACCUCUCUUGUUGGUCUACUUGCUUUGCAGAACGAUUUCCUUGUCUCCGCGGCCGCAGACUCUACUCUGCGAAUUUGGGACUCUGUCCACGGUCACUGCAAAAACACGCUGACUGCACAUACUGGCGCCAUCACUUGCUUCCAACACGACGGACAGAAGGUCAUUUCCGGAUCCGAUCGCACCUUGAAAAUGUGGGAUGUGACAACAGGCGACUGCGUGCGAGAUCUUCUAUCUGAUCUCAGUGGCGUGUGGCAGGUCAAAUUCAAUGACCGACGAUGCGUCGCUGCAGUGCAGCGUGACAGCUUGACUUACAUUGAAGUACUUGAUUUUGGCGCCGCGCGUGAUGGAGUGCCAGAAAGCAAACUCGCUUCCCGCAUUGUUGUGAACGCCCGUGGACAUGAGGUUCAAAAUCUCGACGACGAUGACGACUUGUCCGACUGA